UCAAUGCACAUGAAUCAUGAAAAAUGAUGACCAAAAUUGACAGUGACGCCCGCGCUUACAGCGCCGUUGGAUCUCAGCAACACGCCGAAAGUCCGUUUUUUUCAACGAAAUCCGUGCCGCCCAAUGUUCAGAUCCAAUCCACACCCCCUUUUCUGCCCUUUUCUCUCUCAUCCACUUAGAGGUAAAAAGUAAAAAGUGAGAGAGAGAGAGAGAGUUGCAUACACACACAUGAAUCUUUGAUACAUUUGCUGCCUUCUCUUCUUAUGCAUUCCGGAACAUCUGCUCUCUCUGCAUCUGUCACACAAUCGGUAAGUGUGAUUUCUUGAAAUUUGGUUGAGCUGGAAGAUACUGAAAAAGUAGAAUGGAUCAAAAAUCAUGGCUGUGGAAGAAGAGAUCUACAGAGAAGACCUUGAUAGCAGAUAAAGCCAGUAAUUCUUUAAGAAAAUGUGAAGAGGAAACUGCUGAGGUACAAAAAAUUUUGACUGAGAAAACAAAUUUAGAAAGAGAACUUCAGAUGUUAAAUGAAAAACUUUCCUCUGCUCAUGCUGAGUGUGAGGCCAAAGAUAAUGUUGCAAAGAAACAGUUGAAAAUCUCAGAGGAAGCCAUUUCAGGCUGGGAGAAAGCAGAAAAUGAAGCCAAAUCUUUAAAAGAAGAGCUCGAGAAGGUUUUGCAGCAAAAGUUUACUUCUGAAGAACGAAUGAACCAAUUAGAUGCGGCAUUAAAGGAAUGCAUGCAGCAAUUACGUUCCGUUUAUGAAGAACAAGAUAAAAGAAUUCAAAAUGCAGUUAUGAAGACAUCGAAGGAAUUUGAGAAUACAAAAAAUAUUGUAGAUGAAAAAUUAGCGGAGGCAGUUAAAAAGCUUUUCAAAUCAGAAGCCAAAAAUUCCCAACUCAUUAAUGUCCUAACUGUAAGAGAAAAGAAGAUUGACGAUCUAAGCAACUACAAAACUCAAUUGGAUGCCAAUUUUAAUGCCCUAAGGUCGAGAGUAGAGUCCACAGAGAAAGAAAAUGCUCGUUUGAAGUAUGAGAUUAAUGUUCUCGAGAAGGAGCUGGACAUUCGAAAUGAGGAAAGAGAAUUUAACUGCCGAAGAUCUGAUUUAACUCAAAAACAAUAUGAGGAGAGUGUAAAAAAGAUUGCGAAAUUGGAAACAGAGUGCCAAAGGCUUCGUCUUUUAACACAAAAACGGUUGCUGCGCUCCACUACUUCAAAUACAACGAAGCGCGAAAUCAAAUUACUUGAAGAUAAGGAUCAAGUUGGCACAAAGAAAAAGAAGUCAAAUUAUUCUCGAACUAUUUCAACCGAUUUUGGUGUUCACUCCAUUGGGAAUAAUGAGAAAUUAACUGGAAUUCAGUUUCCUGAAUCGGCUUCCAGAUCUCCACGAGCUGAAGAACGCCUUCAAGAACUCUUUAAAGGCCAAAAAAUUGCAGAACGAUGUGACAGAUCGAGCUUAUUAAUGGAAAAUUCGACAACAUCUUGGUCUGAUAUGGCAGAAAGUGAUGAUAGAGCCAGCUAUGCCGAGUCGCGGGCCUCUGCUUUGGUUACAGAGCUAGAACAUUUCAAGAAUGACAAGCAAUUGAAAAUACAAUGUCGUAGAAGUAUUAGAACUUCGGACAUCGAUCUCAUGGAUGACUUUGCUGAGAUGGAAAAGCUGGCACUAGCCUCUGCCGAUGUUAUUCAGACAUCCAAAGAUUUGAUUUCUUGUGAGGCUACAAGUGGUAGUAGUAACUUAAAUAGCCAUAAACUGCAGUCAAAUGCAAGCGAAACAAUAAACAAAAUUCUGGAGCUUCUUGAAGGAGUAAAUGUAAAGUGUCGAGAUAAUGGUGUUGGGGGACUUUUUGAUAAUAAAUCAUGCAAGAAUUUGGAAAACCCGACGGGCUACACAGUUCGAGUGUUUCAAUGGAAAAGCGAUGAGCUCGCGGCCAUUUUGCAACAAUUUGUUCGGACAUGCAACGGUUUAUUAAAUGGGUCUGUCAAUCUUGAAUGUUUUGUUCAGGAAGUUGCACUUACUUUGGAGUGGGUUUUAAAUCACUGUUUCUCAAUUCAAGACGUCUCAAGCAUGAAGGAUGCGAUUUUGAGCCGUUUUGAUUGGGAUGAGUGUACUGUGGAUAGUGGAUCGGCUAAUUAUGCUGUAGAAUGCAGUAAGCUGCCUGUUUUGGGAGAAGGAGUGGAGUAUGUGAAGUGUGAAUCUGAGGUUGUAAUUGGAAAUCUUCAUUCAGAGGUGGAAGGUGUGAGGCAAUGGGAUGGCAAUAACAGAGAUGAAAUUGAAAAAUGGAGUAUGAUGAAAGAAAGCUUUGAGACCCCAGUUAUAGAAACCAAUGAUGAACUGAGAGAAGCUUGCCAGAGGAUUUUGGUUUUAGAAAAUGAGCUGGAAAAUAAAAGUAGUACUUGUAUUAGACUGGAAGAGACAUGCCAUGACCUACAGAAACAUCUGCAAAGAAUAGCGAGCAAGCAAGUUCUGGGUAAUGAGAGGCACAUGGAAGAGCAACUUCAAAGUGAUUGGGAGAUCACAUCAGCUUCAGAAAAGCUAGCAGAGUGCCAAGAGACUAUCCUAAAUCUGGGCAAACAACUCAAGGCAUUGGCUUCACCUAACGAUGCAGCACUUUUCGACAAGAUAUGCAUAUCCACACCAUCUGACUCUGUUGUUGCCAGCUCAUCCACACCCCGAAAAAAUAUCAGCCGCAGACCGUCAUGUCUGCUAGAUAAAAUGCUGGCAGAGAAUAAUAACCUUCCAACAAGUGCUUUGGCUGAAAACAAAAAUUGCGUUCAGAAUGGAAAUGGUGAAUCUAGUGUUGGUACAGAGAACUUAAACAAGUUGAUCACUGAGGAUGGGAAUAUAAAUCACUCGAGUAGAAGUGAAAAUGUGACUGCUGUAUUGGAUGUCGUCCCCUGUGAGAAAAAUGGUGGCAGGGGUUUCUUGAAGAAAAUAUUUUGGAGGCAAAAGAAAAGUAAUGACAGCAAAAUCACCCUUCUGAUAGGUUGCAAUUGAGGGACACAGUAAAUGCACCCUUUUAUCUGUGUUUGUUUUCUUUUCUCUAAUUAUUUUUGUUGUACAUGAAAAAUUAUAUUCUAUCUAUAGGAGAUAGAAGUGGAGUUUGUGGAACAAGUUUUUUGUUUGUAUCAUGCGUAAAAAAUAUAAGCACGCGAAAGGGAAAAAAUAAAAGAGGAAAAGAAUAUCCAAAUGACUGGCGUUUGUUUAAUUGAAAAAUGUCUGGAUUUUGCUGGUUUUGUAAGUUGCUGUGCAAUAUGAAUUUAGGAUAAGAUGUUGUCGAAGUCAUACAAGAUUUUGUUUAGCCUUAUUGUUAAUUUUACAAUCAUCUUUUAUAUAUCACAUGGUUGAAUUAUGUUGUCCAUAUCAUACCAGACGUCUCAAAACAGCAGCAGAGCUCCAUAACGGAUUUCAAUUUGAUAUUAUAGAAAAUCACCGAAUUAACAAUCUUGAAAGUGACCAACAUACAAUAGAUUAAGUUUAGUCAAACAAAUUCACUUGAAGCACUCGUCAAGAAUCCAUUUUCCCCUACCUCAGGCAGAAAUUCAGGUCCAUUUAGUACUUAUACCCUUUCUCAUACAAACUCUGAGCUGCCAGAUCACCACCGGCCCCACCUGUGUACUUCCCGAGCGUGGCCUCUGAAUUUGCCUUGCACCUACCCAAGAAGGCCUCUUGGGCUUUCUCCACAUUCUCCUUUUUCCCAGCCCAUAUCUUGAGCGUGCUCUGCUGUAGGGCCCGCCCGAACGAGAAUGAGAGUGUCCACGGCUUAAGCACGUCCAGCUUGUUCAUCGCGUUAAGGUUGACCGUAGCCUCUUCCUCGCUUUGACCGCCCGACAAGAACACGAUUCCCGGCACAGCUGGCGGCACAGUCCGCCUUAGAGCCGUCACCGUGUACUCUGCAAUCACUUCCGGAGCAACCUUAGGAGAGUCAGAGCCAGGUGUGACCAUAUUAGGCUUCAAAAGCAUCCCCUCGAGAAGUACAUGAUGAUCGUUGAGCGCCUUGUAGACGGUUGCCAAAACUCUCUCGGUAGCCGCGGCACAUGUCUUAAUAUCGUGGCUCCCGUCAGUUAAAAUCUCGGGCUCAACAAUUGGGACGAGCCCGUUCUCUUGGCAGAUAACCGCGUAGCGGGCCAGGCCAUGCGCGUUCUGCUGGACGCUCAGCUCGGACGGCUCGGUGGGCCCGAUCUUGAGAACGGCCCGCCACUUGGCGAACCGAGCCCCCGCCUUGUAGUACUCGGCGCAACGUGGCCCGAGGGAGUCGAGCCCUUGGGUGGUGGUCCCUCCCUCAGUGCCUGCAAUGUCGACGGUGCCCUUGUCGACUUUGAUGCCAGGGACGACCCCGUUUUCGACGAGGACGUCGACAAAGGGCUUGCCGUUGGAGGUCCUUUGGUAAAGGGUCUCCUCGAAGAGGAUGGCCCCCGAGAGGAAGGAGAGGGCCGAGGGAGACGUGAAGAGGAGCUCGCGAAGGGCUUGGCGGUUGGGCUCGAUGUUCUCCACGUUGAUGCUCGAGAGGCGCUUG